AUGACAUUACCUGUGGACAUCGAAGAAUUUUUAGAGCACCAUAUAUCGUCACUACAAGGAGCAUCACUUAUUCGAUCGACAAGUUACAAUAGCCAAUCAACAGCUGUGUCACCAAUUCAAGAAAUCCAAGAAAAUAAUCAAACAGAAGUUAUUGAAAGUGAAGAUGCUAUUAUCGUAACUCCUCAAAAUAUAUUACAACUUAUUGACGGUUGUCCACUGUGUGAGACGGGUAAUUUGCCAGUGGAAAAUGGGGCUCAUAAAUGCGUAAUAUGUGGUACACCAGUACACGCACUUCCUUCUUGUUCAAGUCAUGAAUUGGGAAAAGAAGAUAGGAGAAUAUGUAGAAAAUGCUUCACAAAAACCACAAAUACUAAUUGGAAAGACUAA